AUGAAGCAGAAGACGCUCGAAUGGGCUGGCCAUCCCGCCAAUUGGUGCUUUGCCUGCAUGGGCGAGUUGCCAGAAACACACGAGGACCUGCCUUUCGGCUUCCUCACCCUCCCUUCCGAACCUGCGAUGAAUGCCGCUGGCCGGACUUCAGACCACCCCUUCAAAGACCUCCGCUCAGCCCGUCGCGUACGCCAACGAUCGAAGAAGUACCCCGAGCGCAUCUACAGCGGUAACAAGCGUCGUCGCAAUGACCGAUACCGUCUCGCACGAGAGAACCAGCUUCGGCACGAGUACAAGCAGGCAGACAUUCGAGAAUGGGAGAACGACUGCUACGACAGAUGGGCGCAUGAAGUAGACAUGGAGCAUAUGGAUGACAUAGAGGCAUACGAACUCUUCGGCAAGAACGCCCAUCUCUUCGAAGGGACAGCCUCCGGAGACAUCACAGCGGGCGAGGACUUUGGCACCUGGGCCCGGCGUCGCAUCGCAGAGAUGCAGCGCGUCAAAGAACACCGUAUACACACCUACGGCGAACCCACGAGCCCCGCGCCGCUGGCCAUCCUCCCACACACCAUGCGCGACACCAGGCGACCCGGUCGUGUCAGCGCCACCAUACCCACCGCGGCGUUUGCCAAACCCCACGAAACAACCCUACCCACCACCCUCUCCGAGAUCCGCGCCCACGCCACACUAGCCUGCAUCCUCACCCUUCCAAAAAUCCUCAAACAACGCUGCCGUAGCCGCAACGAACCCGCCCUACCCGUGAUACCAGGCUUCUGGUGGUCGGGCGAGUAUAUCUGGCAGUGGCAUAGGAACCUGUCUGGGUGCUGGUUUCUUGGCUGCGGAUAUGAAUGCUCGGAGCAAGAGGGAGUUGAAGAAGAGAAGCUGGACGAGUAUGACCAAGGCUGGGACAGCGAUCUCAGUGACUGGGGGGAUGGCUCGCAAGAUGGAUAUGUGAUACUGGGGGAAGAGCAGGAUGGAAGUGAGACAUGGAGUAUUGUUAGUGGAGUAGACGAGGAUUGCUUUGAUGCUCAUGACAUUGUACGCGUUGGUCAGAAAGCAUAG